AUGAAAUUCUUAGCGAUUAUUGGUGCGAUCGCCUUGUGCUCGGGAGUUUUCGCAGGCCCGCUCGAAAAACCAGAGAGUCGAGUGAUGUUGUAUACUGAUCCUGGAUAUGUGAAUUAUACCAAUACAGUGGCUAGCUUUGCAACUAUUCAAACGACAUCUUGGUCCUUUAUGUACACCAAUGCUGUAGUUGCAGUCUUCCCGUUUGAGGUUUUAAUACUCCCUCCAACCUUCACGUACUAUUCAACAGUUUCAACAAACAUUGUUGCACAAUGUAACAUUAUAACGACUGGACUUCACCUUGCACCUUCGAAGGAUGGCAUUACUAUGAUUGAUCAAGCUAUGACUUCCAUCGUAAAUAUUGUAAUGCAGGGUCAAUUGCAUGUUGCUAUGACAAAUCCUGAAGCAGCUAAAGCAAUGGAAGAGCAAAUUACAGCUAUGCAAAAACUUCAAGUGGAAAUUAUCAAGGAAUUGACAGCUUGUUCAGCUGGUUCGAUAUUUGCGAUCAUAGCCUCUCCGUGCACUCACACAGUUAUGUACAAAAUCAGCGCAUUUUUGAUGAUGUCACAGACUGUUACAAACUAUUCCUAUACUACAUGGUCUCAUGAUGUCAUUUAUGGUCCACCCGCACCUGCAAAUUCGACAACGACAACUACGACAACGACACCAUCAACUACGCUCAUCAACAACUUCUUCAACUUCGACCACGUCAUCAACAACUUCCAGCUCUACAUCGACUACAUCAACUACGACACCUACUACGACAACAACUUCUUCGACUACAUCGACAACUACUCCUACAACGACUACAACUUCUUCAACUACAUCGACAACUACUCCUACAACUACUACAACAACAACUACUCCAACCACGACCACGACUUCUUCUACUACUUCUACAACUACGACAACCCCGACAACUUGAUUUUUAGUGCGAUCGCCUUGUGCUCGGGAGUUUUUGCCGCCCCGUUUGAAAAACCAGAAAGUCGAAUGAUUUUGUAUACUGAUGCUGGAUAUGUGAAUUAUACCAAUACAGUGGCUAGCUUUGGAACUAUUCAAGUGACAUCUUGGACGUUUGCUUACAACAAUGCUUUAUACGCAGUCUACCCCAUGGGUACUUUAUCUCCCGCUCCAAGCUUUACGUACUAUUUCACAAUCUCAUGGGAUAUUAUAAAUCAAUGUAACUUCAUAACGAAUGGUCUUAAUAUGGUUCCUGCUACAAGCGGAAUUGCUGUGAUCGAUCAAGCCAUGACUACCAUCGUGAAUUAUUGCAUUCAGGGACAAGCUUAUUGCGGUGCAACACGUCCCUCGAAAGCUGCGGAAAUUCAAAUCCACAUCAUAGAAAUGCAAGAACUUCAAAGGACAAUUAUUUAUGAGCUGAAAGCGUGCUCUGAUGGUUCCUUUACUUCGAUUCACUAUUCUUCAUGCACUGAUUCCAUCAUGUACAAGAUCAGUGCGUUUUUGAUGAUUGCACAAAGAAUUACAACCAUUUCCAUUACAAGUUGGUCUCACGAUAUGGUUACGGGCGAUGUUGAAACUACUUCGACAUCAUCGACACCAACGACGCCAACUACGCCAACCACAUCAUCAUCUACUACGUCAUCUACGAGCACUUCGACAACUUCUUCAACUUCGACCUCGUCAUCAACUACUUCCAGUUCUACAUCGACUACAUCAACUACGACUCCAAGCACGACCACGACUUCUACUUCGACGCCUUCAACUACGACUACGUCAUCAACAACUUCUAGUUCUACAUCGACUACAUCUACAACGACACCCACAACGACUACAACUUCUUCAACUACAUCGACAACUACUCCCACAACUACUACAACGACGACGACAGAGACUCCAAGUUCGACCACAUCAUGA